CGUGGACAACUUGGUCGAAAAAAACAUCGAAGGCUCGCGCUUCCUCUCGCGUCCUCUCAGGCAUCUCCUGAAGGUUCGCCGCCUCUGUCUCUUCCAUCUCCUCUUCUUCCCAGUCGCUGGCUGCUUCCAUCUUCUCUCCUCGAUUGGCACAGACGCCUACAAAGACGUUUUUCUUACGCUGUCUCCAGUCUCUGUCCAGUCGCUCAAGGAAGAUGUGAUCCUGUCCCCCGCGCCGACUUAUGAGGCAACCUGGAAAGCUGAAGAGGCGAAAACGUCAGGGGAACGCCUUUCGGCGUAGCCUCCUGAGAUUUGAGAAGGAAAAGAAAGGAGAGGCAGCAAGACGAGCGAAGACGAGAUGAGGAGACGCGCGAGAGACAGGACCUUGAGUGAACUCGAGGAAAAGGGGGAAAAUACACUCCCAACGUCACACUGGAACGCGUUCUGCUUCAAAUGAGUCUUGCGGAACUUCUUUGCGUCCGGGUGUACAGACAUCCGGUGCACCGAGACCGGACUGCAUACGUAGCCGAUCUGGACGGCAAGUCCACGAGGGAAUGCGGCGAAGCUCACAGACUUCGGAAGCUCGCUCAAGAGCACUACAGUGGAAUCGAAAACAGAAAACGGAACUCACGGUGCGGGGAUUCCGAUGGACGACUGCAGCGAAGCGCCUGGGGUGGUGUACAUACACCCGGAUCUCGGCGGACUCUCCGGAGAGUCUGCGCCCAACCGGUCUUCCGGAUGUUGCGCUCCGUUCAACCGUGCAGAGCACCAGUUGUUGAGAGACUCAAUUUCGACUUUUUCUGUCGAGAGAGAUGGAAGCAACCGUUAGCAACGCGAAACGCUGUCAAGACUAGCCGGCGUUCCAACGGGGAAGUCACGCCGGCCUCGGGCAGCGAGCUCGAAGGGAACCGGGGGAAGAGUCGCAGAGGAAGUCCAAUUCAUCGACCUCUCAUAGUUUUCCUGAACUGAAAGAGGCGCCGAGUACCGUUUGUUUCGGCGACUCCAGGUUUUCUUUCUUUUCUUCGAAGAAAAAGACCGUCAACUGUAGUCUCGGAGAGGGCAACCCCCCAGACGACCCUCAGCAUGCAGAAGACAAGCGGAGAAAAGUUGAACAGGUUCCGCAGCUUCUCUCUUUGUGGUCUUGACCGAUUUCAGGAAGCAGAAGAGACAUUCUUUCUUCUAGACGGAAAAUAUAUUCGCCUCAUCAAGAACGGCGCCUCUUCUGCUGAAAUCCUUCCCUCUCCUUGGUGACAGACCCCGUCGGCCGUGAGUGUCUCCCUGGUCGCGCGCGCGCGCUGCACCCGUUUCUCUUCGUUUUCUUCUUUCCAGGCGUUUCUUCUCCUCACUCUCUGCUCUUCCAGUCCACCGCGCUGCUUCUCUUGUCUACGCUUUUCCUCGUCGCUGCUGCAACAAAAACUGUGCGUUCUGCGGGCGGCUUGCCUGUCCAUCGCCUCGUUCCUUUCUCCUAGACUCGCCGCCUCCGCUACCUCCCAGGUUUCCUCGCUUGGGCAGCCGGUCUCUCUUUGGCACUUCCCUUUCCCCUUUUUUCGCGCUCACACUGUUUCCUUGUUACAUUUUAUAUCUUUAUAUAUAUGUAUAUAUCUUUAUAUAUAUAUAUAUAUAUUUAUAUCUUUGUGUAUGUGCAUACGCAUGUAUAGUCAUUCAUGUAUGUGUUGCCCUACAUUGGGCUGUUUUCUCCUUUUCUAGCAGUAAAGGUACAAGAGAAGUUGAGGUGGUGCAUCCAUCGAUUGCUGUCGAAGGAUCCUCGUAUCAUGCAUGUCUCUGUGAUGUGAAGUCACUUUUUCUGUCUCAACGCUGAAGAACAUGCAGUCUCAGCGUCCCCUCAUGGAGUCGCACCGGCUGCUCUCUCUUGCGGCCCCUUCGCCCUCCCCGCGAGGCGCGUUUCCGUCAGACGCUUCUUCAAUAUCUCCUUCAUUAUCCUUCUCUUCUUCCCUCUCUUCAUCUUCUCUCUCGUCGUCUUCUCUCUCGUCGUCUUCUCUCUCGUCGUCUUCUCUCUCGUCGUCUUCUUCUCUGUCCAGUUCUCUUUCGACUGAUGCGUCCGCCUUUUCUUCUCUCUCGGUGAAUCCUUCCUGGCGGGGAUUUUCUGCGGUGAGGACGAAUUCCUCCUCGGUCGCUUCGUCCUUCUCCUCAAGCUCUCUCGCUGCCUCCUUCCAUUCUUUGUCUUCCCGGUCUGCGUCUCUUCCCUCUUCGUCUCUGCCGUCUGCGUUCUCUUCUUCGUCUGUCUCGUCCUAUGAGCGCAUGAGUCACGAGAUCUGGCGAAGAAUUGAAGAUGUGAAGCUUCUCCUCCCUUGCAGAGCGAACGGGAGUUCGGAGGCUCAAGACGCCUUCUUGGCGGCCGCGGCACUGGAGGAGAAGCUCGUCGCUUUGGAGAAGAGUGUAGCAGAUAUUCAGAAGCAGGUCUCUGCGGAGUUAGCUGUGCUGCCUUCGCUGCCGGCGCUGCUCGCCAGCGCGCAUGCACAGCGCCGAAAAAUCCAGCAGCUGCAUGCGCUGCUGUUUCCCUCUGCGGCGCCGUUUUCCGCCUUCGGCGCGAAAGGCGAGUCCGGGUCCUUCGCGGCCUCCUCGGAGCGUCUCUGCACCGAGAAGCCUCGAAGAGAAGAAGCGAAACGACGAGAGCGGGAGAAGGAGAAGGCAGGCUUUGGCGGCUCUUCAGUACCCCAGUCGCAGAUGCGGAAGGAACGAAAGGUCUUCCAACCGGACCAGAAGGAUGACAGCAAGGAGAGGAAAGGGAUGAAGGAGAAGGAGACGGUCGAGGGAGAGCAAGAGACGGAGCAUCUCGCGGCAGGCGGGAUUGCCGGCGGGGAGGAAAGGGAGAACGAGAACGAGGCACCGCAGACAGAUGUUCUCUCUUCUCUGAAAGAGCAGCUACAAGCGUGAACGAGAGUUCUCCGCAGAGACGGUGAAGAAGAAAGAGUUUUGGAGAGCAGGCGGGGGGAAGAGAAGUUGCGGACGUUUCGCGUCUCUUCGUUGUAUCGUUGGGCGGCGCUUCAACAGGCCGACUGUCGCUGUUCUCAUGGUGUGCGCAGCAGAACGAGUCCACCAAGGGCAUGUUUGUGUCUGCCCUCUCUGAGGAUUCCAGAUGUGAAGGAAUCGGCGGAGACAAGGUCGCGCGGCUUCGAAGCGAAACAAGAACAUUCGCCGUUUCAAAGUCUUCCGUAGUCGCGUUCAGAAAGAUGACCGCCUCGGAAGUCUCUUUCUCCAUGAAGUCGGACGCACAGCUUUCUCCGACGCUCCAUGGAAAUUGAACAAGACAGGUUCCAACAGAGCAGAAACCGUGACGCAAAUAAACCGGCAAGGAGAGCGCCGACUCCCAAGGUGCGACUCCUUCGAAACUCGUCGCUAUCUCUUCGAGUGAGGUUCCAGCGCCAGGGCUCUGUCGCGGUUUUUCGCGUUUCUUCUUCGUGGUUUGAGAACUCUCAAAGACACACCCGCAAACGGGUGCCGUCGGAGUCCCGGAUCAUCGCCAGCGCGUUUGAGAAGGAGCAAAUCGGAACUGUUUUUCUCGUUACAGAGACUGCAUUUCGUUUGCUCCUGAACUUAUCACAGCUACCUGUGUUCUCCCGCUGAAAGCUGAGGCCGAACCAGUUCCAGAAACUUUCUCUUUUCAGUGUUUGUCUCGUUCGUCGCGUGAGUCCUCUUCGACAGUCGAGUCAGCACUGGGGGGAGGGCGCGCAUACACCCGACGCGGAAGGCGUCCUGACUCUCUCCGUUCCAUGAGAGGGACGCCCCUGGCUGUCUCAGUUGAUUCUGCGAUCUGCCCGCAAGUGCUUCGAAAAAGUACACACGGUUCCGUCUCUGAGGCAAAAAAGCCUUCCCUGGAAACGACUUUCAAAAGAAACGAGACAGACAGCCGGCAAGCGAGACACGAAAGACAUGCAAGAGGCGAGAGAAACGUUCCUGUCGAGCGAAGGGAAUACGACGCGCCUGCGUCGACGACAGAGACAACACCGCCUCGAGCUGGACACAGCCAGAGAAGGUCUGGCAGGAACCUAAACCUUGACAGGCGUCUGUGUUUCAAAAGCCGUCGCGACUUCUGAUCUCUCGAAAGAAAGAACGGCACACGAUGGACGACGGAAAUUCUGUGGACUCGCGACCCAACCUCCUCACACCCAGUUGCCGAGUUCAAAGAUGUUCGUUCGCCUCGGCCAUCUUUAGACGGCGGACAACAUUUACGCGUAGAGCUGUGGGAAAAAGCU